AUGAUAUUAGUGAGCAUUGAAGCGGGUACAGAGAUCACAGAUUAUGCACUUGAAUGGGCUGUUCAAAAUGUAAUCAAGCCUAUGGAUUCUCUGAUUCUACUUGUGAUCAUCUCUUCUCAGGAAUACAAUCCAAAUCCAAUCAAGAAUAUUCCACCCCGACAUUCUUCUAAAGGAUUAUUUUCUCGCAUGUUGAAGAAACGGAGUGGUGGGAAAUAUGACACGCCAGAUAAGGAUGGAUUUGUAGACGAUGGACGUGAUAUACCACAACGAAUUUAUAAUGUUUGUGCACAAAUGAUACACCACGUUUUCUCCCUUCACAAAGUAGUCAAGGUUCAUACCGAAGUAAAAGUGGUAGCGUAUGCCCCGGUGGGAUCAGUGGCUAUGGUAGCAACAGAACAGUGUGCAAAAUGGGUGAUUCUUGAUGAACGCUUGAAGAACGAAGCAGAUUGUUGCUUAAAUCAGUUCUUGAAUUGCAAUGUCGUGCUUAUAGAAGGUCCCUUUCACAAGAUCCUUCGAUCAGUGAACUUCCCACUCAAUAUGAACAUUGAUCAGAAGCAGGUCCCGACUAUUGCUGAUAUGCUUGGUGCUUCUCCAGCCUUCAAGCAAGUUAACAACACGAGUCUUGUAACUGGAUCAGAUCUGACUCCAAGCUCAUUCAACACACAAAACAGUUCAUUUUUUUCAAGUUCAUCAUCUACUACCAUUGAAUAUUUUUCAGAAAAGACUCUGUCUCCAGUUGCAAAGUCCAAACCUCCUCGCCAAAAGCAGUAUCUAAAAUCACAGCAAUUGAAUCAGAUUCCUGAGUUUGACAUUAAGGUCCGUCGAAGAUCUGUAUCUGGUCCUCUAGAAGUAAGAACGGAUGGAAAUGAAAAUCAUUCCAGAGUUAAGAAUGAUAUGGCAAUAGAUGUAGACAUGAAAGUAGAAACCGGAAUAGCAUAUGCAACAAGCCGAAGCCAAAGCCAAACACAAAGGCAUCAAAACAACUCGGGGCAACUUACUACAAGAAGGGUGUCAUUCAGCCAUGCAAAUACUCCAUCCAUUGACAGAACCUCAAGUGUACGAAGGGACAUGUCACUCUCUCUUAAAAAGCCACCUACACCACCCCCUCUUUGCUCUGUCUGCAAGCAUAGUGUUCCUGUCUUAGGGAGAUCACCACGGAGGUUUAGCCAUGAAGAGAUUGAGAGAGCAACUGAUGGAUUCUCAAGAAGAAAUUUCUUGGCAGAGGGUGGAUAUGGUGAGGUAUACAGAGGUGUUUUGAGUGAUGGACAGGUUGUGGCAGUGAAGCAACGAAAGAUGGCCAGUGCACAAGGUGCAGCUGAGUUUUGUUCUGAGGUUGAAGUGUUAAGUUGUGCGCAACAUAAGAAUCUGGUCAUGUUGAUUGGUUAUUGUAUCGAGAAGGAAUGGCUGCUUGUAUAUGAGUUUGCUUGUAAUGGAUCUUUAGACAAACACUUAUAUGGAUUAGAGGAAGGUGUGGUGAUGACUUGGGAGAAUAGAAUGAAGGUUGCAUGUGGUGCUGCAAGAGCAUUGAGAUAUCUUCACGAAGAUUGUCGUGUUGGCUGCAUAAUUCAUCGAGACUUUAGGCCUAACAAUAUUCUCUUGACACAUGAUUUUAAGCCAAUGGUUGGAGACUUUGGACUAGCUCGAUGGCAAGCAGAUGGACAGUUAGAGGAAGAAACACGCAUUGUUGGUGCGUUCGGUUACUUGGCUCCGGAGUAUACACAGACCGGUUUGAUUACUGAGAAAGCCGAUGUAUAUGCAUUUGGAGUAGUCCUGUUGGAGAUCCUAUCCGGCAUUAAGGCUAUAGAAUUCUCAAGAACCUCUAGGCAGCAAUAUUUUCCUGAAUGGGGUCGACGUUUAUUUACUGAGGGAAAGGUAUGCACGGAAAUGAUCGAUCCAAAGUUAGGAAAAAUGUAUGAUGUAAAAGAAGUAGAAUACAUGAUACAUGCAGCAUGUUUAUGUAUAUCACCUCAACCCGAACAAAGGCCAAGGAUGUCUAAGGUAUUGAGAAUUCUGGAAGGUAAUUUUCUUGGUGAAUGGCUUGAUAAUGGUCAAGAACAAUCUACCACCACCUUCCUAAAACCAAGUUUAGAAAGCUAUCACUCAAGCACGGAUAGACUAUCAAUGAAGCUAGAAAAAGGUCAAUAUCAUAAGCCAACGCGCGCUUUAACAAAACUAAGUUCAAUUGCACUCAGAUUGGAAAAUCACCAAGAUACGAUAUUCAAACCGACAACAUCUCCACAAAAGCAUGUGACCAGUGAUGAAUAUCAAGAAUACUUGCAAGGGUCAUUCCAGAAACAUAUCCAGAGGUUGAACAUGAAGUUGUAA